AUGGCUGGUACAGGUUCUCCAAAAACCAUCUCCCUUUGUCGUCUUUGUGGUACUCCUCCUGCCCCAGCUUGGGUUUAUUAUAUUCCUGGAGUACAGGCGACCAGAACUGUACGCAGUAUUACAGAAUGCAUCUACACUAAACACUUAUGCCUGGAUGGGAAGCAGAUACACUUGGAAAUCUAUGACCCUUGUUCACAGCCACAGCGGGGGAAGCUCUCCCUCACAGACGAGCUCCACUGGGCUGAUGGAUUUAUCAUUGUUUACGACAUCAGUGACAGAGCAUCAUUUGCAUUUGCAAAAGCAUUGCUGUACAGGAUCCGAGAGUCUCACAUAGGAGCCUGUAAAAAAAUGGUCGAGUCAUCGGUAUUUUUGGUUGGUAAUAAACAGGAUUUAUGCCACAUGAGGGAAGUUGGCUGGGAUGAAGGACAAAAGCUUGCAAUGGACAACAAAUGCCAAUUCUGUGAACUGUCUGCAGCAGAACAUUAUCAGGAAGUUGUGGCAAUGUUCACAAAAGUCCUGAGGAAUAUCACCUCAAAUUUCAAAGUGAAGGAAAAGAGACGACCAAGUGGAUCAAAGUCAAUGGCCAAGUUAAUCAACAAUGUGUUUGGAAAGAGAAGGAAAUCUGUCUAA